AUGCCUAAACUGCCGAAGAAAGUUCUCUUCUGUCUGGCUGGCACACUAAGCUUCGCCUGUGCCCUGGCAAUUGCAGCUGCAUUAGGCAUUCAGCUAUGGGUAAAAGGAACAGUAUUGUGUAAGACAGGAGCCCUCUUAGUUAAUGCUACAGGAGAUGAACUGCACAUGUUUACUGGGGAGAUCGAGUACGGCCUGUUCUAUGGACAGCGGGUGAAGCAGUGUGGACUUGGUGGGAGACCUACUACAUUUUCAUUUUUUCCAGACAUGCUGAAUGUUAUUCCUGCCAGCGUGCAUGUCAGCGUGGUUAUAUUCACUACGGCACUGAUCGUCUUUGCUCUGGUGGGGACUGGCUUCUUCAUGUUCAACGCCUUCGGAAAACCAUAUGAAACUCUACAUGGUCCAGUGGGACUAUACCUCUGGUGUUUCAUUUCAUGUUCCUGCGGCUGUCUUGUCCUAAUCCUCUUCUCCUCUGAAGUGAAGAUGCAUCAUUUAUCAGAGAAGAUAGCUAAUUACAAAGAAGGAGGUUUCUUAUUUAAGACUCAGACGGAACACUUUGAGACUUCAUUUUGGAUUGUCCUGGUUUGCACUCUGGUACAUUUUUCAAAUAUCUUUCUAAUUCGAUUAGCUGGUUUUGAUUUUCCUUUCUCAAAAUCAAAGGAGCUUGAUGCAAGUUCUGGAGCAAUUGAUCUGAUGUACUGAGCUUAGUUCUGCACAAGACACGAGGAGCCUGUUGCAAAAUACCCUGCGAUCUACACGGCACAUUUAUGGAGAAAUUCUAAUGAAAAAUUCAAAGUAUCAGAACCUUCUGAUCCCUCCUGCCAUGACACGCUGUCAAUAGCAGAGGCUCUUUAAGAGGGAAUGCAUAAAGCAGAGCAGA